AAGAAGUGUGAAUGAUCAAGCAAAAAUGGCGGACUACGACAACUCCGACCCUGCCGAUGUCGAUGGUUUGGGCGUAGAUGCGUUUGAUGUAGGAGAAAAUGACGAGGAGUCGGAAGAUGAAGAUAACGACUUCGACGCUGACUGCCAGGAGGGGGAUACCGGGUCCUUCGAGUUUGAUCGUACGUUGGUUUACAUUCAUUGUAUCUCAGAUGCCGAUAAAGACGAUCCCAACCCGCCGAACCCCGUCAACAAUGACGACGUCAACAAUGUUACGUUGAGCUUAGGGAGUCUCCAGUCUACCACGAAUAUAACUGAUGAUCUUACGGGCGUUCAUCAUCAUGGAACCCUGGGCUCUUCGAGCCCCGAUGCAGACUGUGACAAACACGACGGAAACUGCGGCCAUGGCUGUGAUGGCUUCAUCCACCAUACGAUUUCAGCGGAUCAAAUCCAGACACAAAUCAGCCCUGCCCCUGGCAUGGCUGGGUAUGCCUUCAUGGCCGAUGAUAUCGCUGGGGCAACCCUGACCAUGGAGAGCCAAAACCCCACGACCAAAAAGAAGGAGAUUCACAGAUACAACUGUGAAUUUGAACGUUGUAAUCGUACGUACAGUACGGCUGGGAACUUGAAAACGCAUCUUAAAACGCACACGGGGGACUUUAGUUUUGUGUGCAAAGAAAAAGGUUGCGGGAAAGCGUUUUUAACGAGUUACAGCCUGAAGAUCCAUGUGCGCGUCCACACGAAAGAACGCCCUUAUUCCUGUGUUUUGGAAGGAUGUCAAAAAUCCUUCAAUACACUUUAUCGAUUGAAAGCUCAUCAGAGAUUGCACACUGGAUCAACCUUUAACUGUGACUCUGAGGGAUGCACCAAGUUUUUCACAACCCUCAGUGAUCUCAGAAAACAUAUCAGGACGCACACUGGGGAGAAACCAUUCAAGUGUUAUUUUUGCGGAAAAGGCUUUGCCGCUAGCCAUCACCUCAAAACGCACGUCAGAACGCACACAGGUGAGAAGCCGUACACGUGUCAGGAAGAUGGAUGUAAGCGUACCUUCAAUACGCAGUACAGCCUCAAGAGUCAUAAGAAAGGACACGAUAAACAGUCCACUUCAUCUUCGGCGUCGUCAACAGUUGCAUCUCUAGAGGGCGCUAGUCAGGAGGUAGCAACUGCUUCAACGAUGGAAACUGCUGAUGAAUCUAGCAUAGCUGGUACAGUGAAUUCAUCUGCUACUGGUUGUACAUGUGGAUCAAAAAGUAAAACUGCAAUACCGACAAAGAUUCCAGAUGUGACUGCUGCUGCAAAUCCUGCAAGUCAAAAGGUCAACGCAGACGUUGAAAUGGUUGACGUACAUAACUUGCCAUCAGCUGGAUCAUCAAAUACACAACACCAAAUAGGAGCAGUGGAACCUCAAGCACAACAUACGGGCCAGUCUGUCAUCAUUCACAGCAUCCCUUCAGCAUGUUCAGGCACGGUCGGCCAAAACCUCAUUAUAACCAUCAAUCCCGACUGUCAAACUCCAACUCAAGUUGUCAUCGCUCCACAACCACUUCCCCAUCACACGUGUAACGUGUCGGUGAUCGGCAAGCAAAACAACAGCAAUACCGAAGGCACAAACACCGUCACGGCUGGCCAGAGCCACGUCUGCGCCGUGUCUCACCAGAAGACGUCCGAUACCUGUGUGCAUUACAGCCAGCAGGGCAACACAUCCGGCGACUGUGCAAAAAUCAUCCAGACUACGCGGAGUGCUACCACGUCGUGUCUCCCUGUGGCGCCCGUUGGCGUAACCAUAUCCCAACCCUGCAAAGCGGCCACGGCGAACCACUGCCCCGCGCCGGUCAUGCUCACCAUUUCCUCCCCUGAUCACGCCGUCAUGCAUUCCAACUCAAACGCCCAUUCGCAGACACAGAUCCAACUGAUCACAGACGACGGUGGUAAAGUGGGCAUCAUCCAGACCUCCUCAUCCACAUCAGAAUGUACCAGCUGUAUUCCCCUUGCGUCUAAAUUACCCUCACAUAAAGAUCAUACUACUACAGCCGGCAACCCUGGCAUGAAUACCAGCCAAACCCUUAUUCCUCACCAUGCGAGAUCUCAAAAGCUACCCAUACCAUCAACCACUUCUCCUCAGUUGACAGCCACAUCGUCGGCUCCCUGUCAUGCCUGUACUUCCACCAAUCAAAACGCCGGUUCAGGAGUUGUUAAAAGCCCUGCCCAACCUGAGACGGGUUCUUCCACUCGGCCAGGCUCGUGUGAGGAUUCGUGGAAGAAUCGUCAGCAGAAGGACGAUAUGAUCGAACAGUGGUUGAACAUCAAGAAUACAAAACAACCUGCCGAAACCCAACCACAAGUGGAUUCCAACUACGGUAUCACCAUAGAUAGUAAGGACUCUAGGAGCCCCCCGUGCCCGCUCUGCAACUGCACAUGUCCGUGUCAAUGCAAAAAGGCGGGGUCAUCCAAGGGUGACUUUCAAGAUGGGAUGUCGCUCUUUAGCCUCAGCAGUUUCCCAGACUUCUGAAUCCUAGCAAUGUGAGAGAGAAAUAGGACCCAAUUUCAUGGGGCUGCUUACAUUACAGCAAUCAAAUUCCAGGGGCCUUUCUCAAACCUCGACUUGGGCUCCGGCUUAGGCUCCGCACUCUGCGUACAUGCAGCUCGGCUUUUAACCUGCAUUUUGGAGCAGCUCAUAUUGCACAAAAUAAGUGGCCUGGAGCCAGAGCUAAGCUUGGGCGAUAUCGAUUUAUUUUAUUCACGAUAUAUCGCCGACAAUAUAUCGCGGUAUUCGAUAUAAUUGCCAUUAAUUAAAUUUGACAUCUUCAGUCUUCAAACUCCCAGUGAAAGUUGUAGAAGAGACAGUGAUAGCAGUGCACAAGAGAGGUGUUUAUAAUGACCUAUUCUUCUGGUUUUACUCCAAACCUAUGGGGUGCAAGAUGUCUCAGCUAGCAAAUAUAAUGUACAUC